ACCCGUUGCAAUUUUUUUCAGAGCGUGUACAUUCCCGUGUUUGUCUGCUCCGGCUCCACCCGAACUCCGGCGCCCAAUCCGCCGGCCUCGACGCCGGUUCGAUACCCCCGAUGUUAUCCUGUGGGCGGAGGACCUAAUCCUAUCUAUCCUGUUCCCCAACACCCAUGGCAACUAGCCACCUCACCUCUCGCUCCCUCCUCGUCCAAGCCCAGUACCCCAUCUCACGGCUCCCAUCCAACCUCCGCCUCUCCCUCUCCCACCACAAGCAACCAGCCGCCGUCGCCAAGCGCCGCCGAGCCCCCGCCCCCUCCCACCCGGCCUUCUCUUCGGUCAUCCGCGGCCGUCCCAAGAAAGUCCCCAUCCCGGAAAACGGCGAGCCAGCCGCCGGUGUCCGCGUCACUGAACGUGGCCUGGCCUAUCAUCUUGACGGCGCGCCCUUCGAGUUCCAGUACAGUUACACAGAGACGCCGCGCGCGCGCCCCGUCGCGCUCCGCGAGGCCCCGUUCCUGCCGUUCGGGCCUGAGGUAACGCCGCGCCCAUGGACCGGGAGGAAGCCGCUCCCCAAGAGCCGCAAGGAACUGCCUGAGUUCGACUCCUUCAUGCUCCCGCCGCCGGGCAAGAAGGGGGUGAAGCCCGUGCAGUCGCCGGGGCCAUUCCUUGCCGGCACGGAGCCGAGGUACCAAGCGGCGUCCAGGGAGGAGGUCCUCGGGGAGCCUCUCACAAAGGAGGAGGUCGACGAGCUCGUCAAGGCGACCCUCAAGACCAAGCGGCAGCUUAAUAUCGGUAGAGAUGGUCUAACACACAAUAUGUUGGAGAACAUUCAUUCGCAUUGGAAGAGGAAGAGAGUGUGCAAGAUAAAAUGCAAAGGUGUAUGCACGGUUGAUAUGGAUAAUGUCUGCCAGCAGCUAGAGGAGAAAGUUGGAGGAAAAGUAAUUCAUCAUCAGGGUGGUGUGAUAUUUCUCUUUCGUGGUAGAAACUACAAUUACAGAACUCGCCCAAUCUAUCCACUUAUGCUUUGGAAACCUGCUGCACCAGUGUACCCCCGCUUGGUUAAAAAGAUCCCAGACGGCUUAACUCCAGAUGAGGCAGAAGAUAUGCGCAAGAGAGGACGUCAGUUACCACCAAUUUGCAAACUCGGAAAAAAUGGUGUUUAUCUUAACCUCGUGAAGCAAGUUCGAGAAGCAUUUGAAGCAUGUGAUCUUGUCCGGGUUGAUUGCUCAGGUCUUAAUAAAAGUGAUUGCAGAAAGAUAGGAGCUAAACUUAAGGAUCUAGUUCCCUGUACCUUACUGUCUUUUGAGUUUGAACAUAUACUGAUGUGGAGAGGAAAUGAUUGGAAAUCAUCCCUUCCUCCAUUAGAAGAAAAUGAUUUUAAAGUGGCGAGCGACCAAAUUUUGAAUAGCAAAGAAGCAGGUUCUGGAAGUGCUCUGACCCCAAUUGAGCUGGUCAACAAUGCCACGUCUCUCAAGAAAUGCAACUUGAUUGAAGGUGCAGAAAAAUUGGAAGAUUCCAUGAAGUCUAGUUUUGAAAAUGGUAUGAUUUUGGGUUCUGCAUGUGGAAACCCUGGAGUAUGCAACUCUGAAGGUAUAGAUGGAACUGAGUCCUCAGCUGAUGCUCCAAUUGAAUUUUCUCCUUCAAAUUCAGCAAGGGAUUUAGAUCCAUCUCAAACAUCAACAUUGUAUUGCCAAAGCUCCCUAUUGGACAAGAGUGAAAAUGGAGAGCUCAUUGAGAUGUACCCUGACAGAUGUGGAAACUCGGAACAAUCUCCAGAUGUACCAGAAGCUUUAACUUGUCUAAUGGGCAGCAGUGAUGAGAUUCAUGAAUUGGAAACUAUGAGGAGAAACUGCAAACAUUUAAACGGCAGCGAUGGUGUUAACAGUGAUUCCAUAGUCCCUUCCUACAUGGAAGGAAUUUUACUCCUUUUCAAACAAGCCAUUGACAGUGGCAUGGCACUCGUGCUGAAUGAAAAUGAGUUUGCUGAUGCCAAUUAUGUGUAUCAAAAGUCUGUUGCUUUUACAAAGACGGCUCCACGAUACCUGGUACUCCGGCAUACACCAAGGAAGUCCCAUGGUACCCAGAAGACUGAGCCAGCCAAGAAUGUAAGGAUAAAUAAGCAUCUUGAAGAACAUAAAGUAUCUGAUCAUGUCAAAAAGAAAGAAAUUGUCAUGGGAGGAUCAAGAAUGCAGAGAAAUGAUCACGCACGAGAAUUUCUAUCAGAUGUUGUUCCACAGGGUACCUUAAGAGUAGAUGAACUUGCUAAAUUACUGGCUUAAAGGUGAUCGGUCCUUUAUUAACCGAAGGUGUGUUGCGUUAUCAACCUUGAAUUAACGUGCAAAGUAUAUACAUGUACAUUGAUAUGGGACGUAUAAAACUUUUCGUCAAUUUGGUCAUGCUGUGUAACUGAUCACGCUUUCUGCAUUGAAAUGUUGGAAUGUAAUAAUAUGGAACGGCGAAGCAUUUUCAGACAA